AUGACCUCUUCACAGUCUCCAACCUCGCCCUCCCUCUUAGCCCCAAUCUUGCUCCCCUUGGGUCCAGUUCGCAAACUGCCAGCCUUAAAGGCAGAACUCGAGAAGGUAGCCAUAGCUCGAGGAAACGUCUACAUACAGAAAGUAGCGCUCCUUGUUUACUGGGAGAAUGAGAACACAGGUGCUAAGGAUAACACUCAAACGAUGAUUACCAUAUUGGAACAAUUUGGUAUUAAAUGCACGGUCUAUAUCCUUACAGAUGCCUCCCCUGGAUGGUCUCUCUCUCAAAAGGUCCGCGAUAUGCUAAUCCAGUGCCACGACGCGACCCUAAACACCAUGUUCGUGUUCUACUACGCUGGAAAUAGUACUAUGCAUGACGGAAAGCUAUUCUUCUCCUCCGGCGGAAAACGCGUUAAAUGGUGUUUUGUUUCCGAUUCUCUCUUCGAUGAGUAUGAGGAGGUAGUACAGCGCGUCGAUACCCUUGCGAUUCUUGAUUGCUGCUUUGCAGGUGAGGCGACAAGGCAGCGAAUCUCAAAGACGACCCAGAUUUUGGCUGCAUGUGACUCCAAUAACACAGCUCGAGCCAGAAAAACAAUCUCAUUCACUCAGCGAAUGUACCAUGCGGUCCAGACUCUCAAAGGCCAACCUUCUAUAACAACCGCGGACUGGUACGAGGAGAUCGAACGACUUAAGCCACGAAAUGCCCCACGUUCUGUGCUUAGAACUCUUGGUGGUACUAUGCCUAUCAAUCUCGUUUUCCAGGAUACUGCCAGCUCCGCAACUUUCUCUUCCUCCCGGAUCCCAGCUCGCGUUUCUCCACAUCUUAGCGCAAAAGAUCUCUUAGUGAGACUAACCCUUCAUGGUGAGGGUCGCGAAGUUACUGAGGCCUUCAAAAGCCUAAUUAAAGACUUGCCGACAAGCAUGAAAGCGGAGAUUAUGGACGCCUACGAGACAGACCAGUCCGUCUUUUUUAUCCUGGGGAUGACUUGGAAGGCUUGGGCGCUAUGGACAAUGGUGGUGGAUUUGGACCAUAUAGGGGUCACCCUCGGCCCUUCCUUGAUUCACAAAGGUCCCGCCGAAGUUCAGCAGGUUGGAGAGAAUCUUCCAUUUUGCGGAAAGGGAAAAGGCUGA